AUGGGCCAACGAAGACUUUCCCCGAUAGACAAGUCGUGGACCUUCAGGGAAGCAUGCGUGAAUACCUCCAAGUUUCUUCCCGUCUCGCAGUUCCCUACCUGCAUCCAUCUGGACCUUAUUCACCAUGGAAUCAUCCCAGAUCCUUUCACUGGUACCGCUGAGAAACAGGCUCAGUGGGUUGGCGAAAAGGCCUGGGUAUACAGAACUGCCUUUGUCGCCCCUCAGCUAGGGGAGAAUGAGAAGGCCGUUCUUGCAUUCGAUGGACUCGACACCUACGCGUCCGUUCAUCUUAACGGGAAAGAAAUUCUCGAAACCGACAACAUGUUCAUUCCCGAGAGAGUGGACAUUACUUCGCUGCUCCGUGGAUCGAAUGAUGAAAGCAAUGUCCUUGAGAUUACUUUCGAUAGUGCUUUUAUUAGAGGUAAGGAGGAACAAAAAAAGCAUCCGACGCACCAGUGGGGGUGCUGGAACGGAGACCCGAGUCGCCUUGCUGUGCGAAAGGCACAAUAUCACUAUGGUUGGGAUUGGGGCCCUGUCUUAUUAACAUGUGGUCCAUGGCGCCCAAUUACCCUUGAGGUAUACUCUGCCCGUAUUGCAGACCUCUACUACACCACCAAAUUCAAGAGCAGUCUGAAAGAAGCUGAAAUAUCAAUCACUGCUGAGGUGGAAGGAUAUGCAUCUGAUGUGGUCUUCAGCCUAUCACUCGAUACCCAAAAGCAAGACUCUGGAAACCAAUUUGUCGUAUCUGCCUCAGUGAAGGACGGAAAGGCGGCGGCAACUAUACAUUUGAAAAACCCGCAACUUUGGUAUCCUGCAAGAUAUGGCAGCCAACCUUUGUACUCGUUGCAAGCCAAACUGAUGAGAAAGGAUCAAACCCUCGAUUUUUGCUGCAAAAGGAUUGGGCUGCGAAAAGUUGAAUUAGUACAACGAAACCUUGAAGGAAGCCAAGGAACCACUUUUCUCUUUCGAAUAAACGAUACCUCAAUAUUCUGUGGGGGAAGUAAUUGGAUCCCUGCUGAUAGCUUUAUCCCCCGUGUAUCGUCACAACGAUACGGUGACUGGCUCAAGAUGGCAGUUGAUGGAAAUCAGACCAUGCUUCGCGUCUGGGGUGGCGGUAUUUAUGAGCAAGAUGCAUUUUAUGAAGCAUGUGAUGAAUACGGACUACUUGUCUGGCAAGAUUUCAUGUUUGCGUGUGGAAACUAUCCUGCCCACAGAGAGUUUCUGCAGUCAGUUGAAAAGGAGGCAGAGGCUAAUGUCAAAAGACUGAGGCACCACCCGUCUAUUGUUAUUUGGGCUGGUAAUAACGAAGACUAUGCCUACAGGGAGAGUGAAAAACUGCAAUAUGAUCCUUCUGAUACUGAUCCCUGCAACUGGCUGAAGACUAAUUUCCCUGCCCGCUAUAUUUAUGAGAAACUUUUAGUGGAUGUGACAAAGCAACUUACGCCCGAUACGUAUUAUCACUUUGGCUCCCCUUAUGGUGGAAAGACCAGCAGUGACCCAACUAUUGGAGACAUUCAUCAAUGGAAUGUCUGGCACGGGACACAGGAAAGGUAUCAAGACUUUGAUAAGCUGAGCGGUCGCUUUGUGUCUGAGUUUGGCAUGCAAGGUCUCCCGAGCAUAGGUACCAUUGAUAGCAUGCUUUCAAUGGGUAUCAACGACAAGGAUAGAUACCCAAAUUCUUUUACUCUAGACUAUCAUAACAAGGCUGUUGGCCACGAAAGGCGCUUGGCUACAUAUCUGGUCGAAAAUAUUCGGUACCAGGUUAGUCCGUUGGAGCAAUAUCUACAUUGCACGCAAGUAAUGCAGGCAGAAUGUGUGUCAACCGCUUACCGCCUAUGGAAGCGUCAAUGGCAAGGCCCAGGAAAGGAAAAUUGCGCUGGAGUUCUAGUAUGGCAGCUCAAUGAUUGCUGGCCAGUGAUCUCAUGGUCAAUCGCUGAUUAUAACCUACGCCCAAAGCAUGCGUACUUUGCUAUUAAAAGAGAACUGGCCCCCAUUACUGUUGGGAUAAAACGGUCUAUCCAGCAGGCUUCACUUGAGGGUAUCGGAUCAGCUUCUUUUACAGUCGAAAUAUGGGUGACUAACCUCACCUUACAACCUUUUACUGGAAAAGUACAGCUCCGAGCCUGGGAUAUCGUCAGUGGGCAACAGACACACUUAGAGAAUAUUAAAGAAGGAACUGCAUUUCCCGCGAACCGAACUAUAGAACUAGGGAAGUUGGAAAUCCAAGAAGCAGUACAAGGCUCGGGGAAGCCAUCCCAAACAGUGGUUGCUGCAUAUCUCAUCCGGAAUGGUCGGCAAGUUGCUCGUUAUGUCAACUGGCCAGAGCCUCUGAAAUAUAUUGAUUUCCAAGUUCCACGCACACCGAAGAUAGCGCUUUCCGAAGACAAGCGUCUUCUUCGAUUAUCUGCGGAAGUUCCAGUGAAAGGGCUCGCUGUCUUUUCGAAUUCAGAGGACGUGGUCUUUGAUGACAAUUGUGUAGACCUCGUUCCCGGAGAGACUCUCUCAAUUGGUAUUCAUGGGUUAAAGAGCGGGAAUGUAGACGAUCUUACUUUGCGGUAUCUGGAGUGA